AUGAACAAUCGAAAACCUUUUGUUUUGGAUUAUGCUCUUUUUUGGUGGAAUAUAUUUUUGGCAACAUUUUCGGCUGUUGGGGCUGCUAGAAUGUUACCAGAACUUUUUUGGUCUGUCAAUUCAAAUUCUUUUUUCUAUUCAAUUUGUAUUGGUUCUUAUGCCCAAGGAAUUAGUGGAUAUUGGGGGGAUAAAUUUGCAAUGUCCAAGGUUAUUGAAUUUGCCGAUACUGCUUUUAUUGUUUUACGUAAAAAACCUUUAAUCUUUCUUCAUUGGUAUCAUCAUGUUACGGUAUUGAUCUCAACUUGGAUGAUGUACAAAGAUCACGCUGCUAGUGGUAGAUGGUUUAUUGCAAUGAAUUAUGUUGUCCAUUCUUUUAUGUAUACUUAUUAUGCCCUUAGAGUUUUACAAUAUAAAUUACCCAAAUGGACUGCAAUUUUUGUUACUCUUUUACAAAUAUCUCAAAUGAUUGUUGGAUUAGCUAUAAGUAUUUAUACGUUUAGGUUUGUAUAUUUAUUUUUGAUUUGA